UGGUCAGCUGCUCCUUCAAGUGGGGGGGGAUGGUAACCCUCCUCCCCCUUGGACAGAGCCUGUGCCAGAUCCUGGAAGCCUCGGUCAAUAUCGGGAGCCGGACUCUGGACACGCAGCUGGACGUCCUCCUUGGGACCCUCCACCUCCAGCUCUGCGCCCCCCUGGAUUCGUACCAGUCCACCUCCCUGAAGAACCACAACGAGGUUCUCCGCUGCUUCACCGUCUUAGCCGCUUCGUUCCCUGACCGCUUGCUCGGAUUUCUGCUCCCAAAGCUGGAGUCCAGCAACGAGAAGACGCGGCUGGGCACCCUGACGGUCCUGCGCCAGAUCAUCAACAGCGCCCCCGCUCAGAUGGAGAUGAAGAGGCCGUUUCUCCUGUCCUCCAUGAAGCUCCCCCUGCAGGACCACAGCAAUAAGGUCA